CCCUUGCCUUUUCUUAGUAGAAUUGCUCAAUUCAGCAUCUGAAUUCUUGGGGAAUUCACCUGUUUUCCCCCAUUUCUGUUUUGAAUUUUUGUUUUAAUUUGGACUGGAGAGACUACAAGUGAUAGAUAUGCAUGUGCUUCUUGGAUUCUUCCUAUAAUUUGUUGUCCCCCGAAUCUCGUGAAAGCUUCGAUUUUAAUUGAAAUACUGAUCAUUUUGUACCUUAGGAAACUUGGAGUUUUCCCUCUCUCUUUUUGUCAGUGCAAAAUUUUGGAGUGCCUCUCAAUUGAAGUUGAAACCUAAGUUGGUGGCAGAGAAAUGUCACAAGAAAAUGGUAGCUAGAAUUGUGGAUCUUCGGUCAGACACAGUCACAAAGCCGACUGAAACAAUGAGGACUGCUAUGGCAUUUGCUGAAGUUGAUGAUGAUGUUUUAGGCUUUGACCCAACUGCUUUUCGCUUAGAAGCAGAGAUGGCAAAGAAAUUCGGCAAGGAAGCAGCUCUUUUUGUUCCCUCAGGCACUAUGUCGAACCUUAUAUGUGUGCUUGCCCAUUGUGAUGUUAGGGGUAGUGAAGUUAUUCUUGGGGAUAACUGCCAUAUCUAUAUCUAUGAGAAUGGAGGCAUUGCAACUAUUGGAGGGGUGCAUCCAAGAGUAGUGAAAAAUAACAAUGAUGGAACCAUGGACAUUGACUUGAUUGAGGCUGCUAUCAGAGAUCCAAAGGGGGAGCUAUUUUAUCCAUCCACAAAGCUUAUUUGCUUGGAAAAUACUCACGCAAACUCUGGUGGCAGAUGCCUUUCAGCUGAAUAUACAGAUAGAGUUGGAGAGGUUGCUAAGAAGCAUGGGUUGAAGCUUCACAUCGAUGGAGCCCGUAUCUUCAAUGCAUCAGUUGCACUUGGUGUUCCUGUGGAUAGGCUUGUCCAAGCUGCUGAUUCGGUUUCAGUUUGCCUGUCUAAAGGUAUAGGUGCUCCGGUUGGAUCUGUUAUUAUUGGUUCUGAGAACUUUAUCGCCAAGGCUAGAGUUCUCCGGAAAGCGUUGGGUGGUGGGAUGAGACAGAUUGGCAUCCUUUGUGCUGCUGCACUUGUUGGGUUACAUGAAAAUGUUGGAAAGCUGGAAAGUGAUCACAAGAAUGCUAGAACUUUGGCUGAUGGACUGAGUGAAAUUCGAGGACUCAAAGUCGAUGCCAGUUCUGUGGAGACCAAUAUGAUAUUUAUUGGAAUCGAAGGUUCAUGGACUACAGCAGAAAAGAUACGCAAGUACUUGGAAGAACGCAAUAUCCUUCUGAUGAAAGAUAGCUCUUCAAGAUUGAGAGUUGUCCUUCACCACCAAAUAUCAGCAAGUGAUGUGCAGUAUGCCUUGUCAUGCUUUCAGCAAGCUCUACAAUGUGAAAAUGGCAAUUAGGGGAGGAUGGCAGUUUGUUGUCAUAUUUGUGCAUGGAAAGGGGAAUUUCAAAUUCCAUUUGUCUUUGUCUGUGUUAGUUACUUUGAUGUACCCUAAAUAAGUACAAGGAUUUACAAUGAUGUUCCCAUUGUGAAUAACAUCGUUAUGAAGCUAUUUUGUUUUGGUAGAUACAUCGUUAUGAAGCUAAUUAAGCGUAUUGACUAUUGAA